AUGGCGCCCGCCCACGACACCUGUCCGCGCCCCGCCCCUCGCACUACUCACACAUGGCCCGGGCUGGGCGGCACACGCGGGGGCGCGGCCCGCAGCGCGUCCAGCAGGGCGGCGCUGGGCGCGCGCCGCACGCGCUGCACGACCAUGGCGCCCGCCCACGACACCUGUCCGCGCCCCGCCCCUCGCACUACUCACACAUGGCCCGGGCUGGGCGGCACACGCGGGGGCGCGGCCCGCAGCGCGUCCAGCAGGGCGGCGCUGGGCGCGCGCCGCACGCGCUGCACGACCAUGGCGCCCGCCCACGACACCUGUCCGCGCCCCGCCCCUCGCACUACUCACACAUGGCCCGGGCUGGGCGGCACACGCGGGGGCGCGGCCCGCAGCGCGUCCAGCAGGGCGGCGCUGGGCGCGCGCCGCACGCGCUGCACGACCAUGGCGCCCGCCCACGACACCUGUCCGCGCCCCGCCCCUCGCACUACUCACACAUGGCCCGGGCUGGGCGGCACACGCGGGGGCGCGGCCCGCAGCGCGUCCAGCAGGGCGGCGCUGGGCGCGCGCCGCACGCGCUGCACGACCAUGGCGCCCGCCCACGACACCUGUCCGCGCCCCGCCCCUCGCACUACUCACACAUGGCCCGGGCUGGGCGGCACACGCGGGGGCGCGGCCCGCAGCGCGUCCAGCAGGGCGGCGCUGGGCGCGCGCCGCACGCGCUGCACGACCAUGGCGCCCGCCCACGACACCUGUCCGCGCCCCGCCCCUCGCACUACUCACACAUGGCCCGGGCUGGGCGGCACACGCGGGGGCGCGGCCCGCAGCGCGUCCAGCAGGGCGGCGCUGGGCGCGCGCCGCACGCGCUGCACGACCAUGGCGCCCGCCCACGACACCUGUCCGCGCCCCGCCCCUCGCACUACUCACACAUGGCCCGGGCUGGGCGGCACACGCGGGGGCGCGGCCCGCAGCGCGUCCAGCAGGGCGGCGCUGGGCGCGCGCCGCACGCGCUGCACGACCAUGGCGCCCGCCCACGACACCUGUCCGCGCCCCGCCCCUCGCACUACUCACACAUGGCCCGGGCUGGGCGGCACACGCGGGGGCGCGGCCCGCAGCGCGUCCAGCAGGGCGGCGCUGGGCGCGCGCCGCACGCGCUGCACGACCAUGGCGCCCGCCCACGACACCUGUCCGCGCCCCGCCCCUCGCACUACUCACACAUGGCCCGGGCUGGGCGGCACACGCGGGGGCGCGGCCCGCAGCGCGUCCAGCAGGGCGGCGCUGGGCGCGCGCCGCACGCGCUGCACGACCAUGGCGCCCGCCCACGACACCUGUCCGCGCCCCGCCCCUCGCACUACUCACACAUGGCCCGGGCUGGGCGGCACACGCGGGGGCGCGGCCCGCAGCGCGUCCAGCAGGGCGGCGCUGGGCGCGCGCCGCACGCGCUGCACGACCAUGGCGCCCGCCCACGACACCUGUCCGCGCCCCGCCCCUCGCACUACUCACACAUGGCCCGGGCUGGGCGGCACACGCGGGGGCGCGGCCCGCAGCGCGUCCAGCAGGGCGGCGCUGGGCGCGCGCCGCACGCGCUGCACGACCAUGGCGCCCGCCCACGACACCUGUCCGCGCCCCGCCCCUCGCACUACUCACACAUGGCCCGGGCUGGGCGGCACACGCGGGGGCGCGGCCCGCAGCGCGUCCAGCAGGGCGGCGCUGGGCGCGCGCCGCACGCGCUGCACGACCAUGGCGCCCGCCCACGACACCUGUCCGCGCCCCGCCCCUCGCACUACUCACACAUGGCCCGGGCUGGGCGGCACACGCGGGGGCGCGGCCCGCAGCGCGUCCAGCAGGGCGGCGCUGGGCGCGCGCCGCACGCGCUGCACGACCAUGGCGCCCGCCCACGACACCUGUCCGCGCCCCGCCCCUCGCACUACUCACACAUGGCCCGGGCUGGGCGGCACACGCGGGGGCGCGGCCCGCAGCGCGUCCAGCAGGGCGGCGCUGGGCGCGCGCCGCACGCGCUGCACGACCAUGGCGCCCGCCCACGACACCUGUCCGCGCCCCGCCCCUCGCACUACUCACACAUGGCCCGGGCUGGGCGGCACACGCGGGGGCGCGGCCCGCAGCGCGUCCAGCAGGGCGGCGCUGGGCGCGCGCCGCACGCGCUGCACGACCAUGGCGCCCGCCCACGACACCUGUCCGCGCCCCGCCCCUCGCACUACUCACACAUGGCCCGGGCUGGGCGGCACACGCGGGGGCGCGGCCCGCAGCGCGUCCAGCAGGGCGGCGCUGGGCGCGCGCCGCACGCGCUGCACGACCAUGGCGCCCGCCCACGACACCUGUCCGCGCCCCGCCCCUCGCACUACUCACACAUGGCCCGGGCUGGGCGGCACACGCGGGGGCGCGGCCCGCAGCGCGUCCAGCAGGGCGGCGCUGGGCGCGCGCCGCACGCGCUGCACGACCAUGGCGCCCGCCCACGACACCUUCUCGUCGGCGCCCUCCGCCAGCGCCGCCUCCACCACGCUGGCCACCACGCGACGCAACACCUGA